AUGCCGAAGAAUAAGGGAAAAGGAGGUAAGAACAGGCGUAGAGGAAAGAACGAAAACGAAACGGAAAAAAGAGAAUUGGUUUUCAAAGAGGAUGGUCAAGAGUAUGCCCAAGUCACCAAAAUGUUGGGUAACGGACGUUUGGAAGCCAUGUGUUUCGAUGGUACUAAACGUCUUUGCCACAUACGUGGUAAGCUGAGAAAGAAGGUAUGGAUCAAUCAAGGAGACAUCAUAUUAAUAGGUUUGAGAGAUUACCAAGAUGCAAAAGCCGAUGUCAUAUUAAAGUACACUCCGGACGAAGCAAGGAAUUUAAAAACAUACGGGGAAUUCCCAGAGACUGUACGUAUAAACGACACAGUUACGUUCGUCGAAGAAGGAUUUGAUGAAGAUAUCGAAUUUGGUGAUGAAGUCAGUGAUGAGGGGGAAGAUAACGAAGUGGAUGAUAUAUGA